AAGCUGAUUGUGUGGCUGAGGGUGUUGCCCAAACCGGCUUUCUGUCGGAAAUCACGGCUGGCAUUACUAUCAGAGUAGUUUUCGAUCAUUUUACUUGAGAGUAGUGUAGAUGUUAAGUAUAAUUUGCCUAAAUAGCAGUCUGUGGUUUGAAUGUGGUAUUUUGUGGUAUAUAUAACGUUAGAGACAAAUGUCUGGAGGGACCAGGAUAAACUAAAUGUUACAGGAUUUUACUAAAAUAACAAAGACUAUAUACGUUUUUUUCUAUUAGAAUAAGGUAAAAAUAUGUUGUAUUGUCAGGUUCCAGGCCAGUUUCCACGGUUAAGGGCGACAUCUUGUCAUUUUCUCUCCACGUCUCUGUGUCGUUAAUGCUCCAGACGGGAAGCUACUGUUUGAGCUCUGUCCUUCGGUAGUGGCUUUGUCCAUGGCGUUCUUGCAGAGGACUGGAGACUACUGCCACGCUCAACAUCUACGCGUCUAAACUCGGGGAAAAAAACGACCUCUGGAUGCACUGAGACACUCUUUCCUCUGCCGCCUGUGGUCCUGCCACCCGAAACUCCUCACAAAUCUAAUGGGGUGAUCUUACCUCUCUGGCUACAGUAAGCCAAAAGAGAAGAGGAUAACAAGAUAUUGGGGACUUUGAACAUCGAGGAGUCUUAUUCACGAAAAAAGCUCAGAGACUGAACAAAAACACACAAGUGAAUUAGCUUGUUAACGGUUUGGAGGAAGCACAAUGGCUCGGAUGAACCGGCCGGCUCCUGUGGAGGUGUGCUACAAGAACAUGAGGUUCUUAAUCACACACAACCCAACCAACUCCACUCUGAGCAGCUUCAUAGAGGAUCUUAAGAAGUAUGGUGCCACGACGGUGGUCAGAGUUUGUGAAAUAACCUACGACAAAACUCCACUAGAGAAAGAUGGGAUCACAGUUGUGGACUGGCCAUUUGACGACGGCGCUCCUCCUCCAUCUAAGGUCGUGGAGGACUGGCUGAGUCUCCUGAAGAGACGAUUCCUAGAAGAACCCGGCUGCUGCGUGGCUGUGCACUGCGUGGCCGGUUUAGGAAGAGCUCCAGUACUUGUGGCCGUGGCACUGAUUGAAAGUGGGAUGAAGUAUGAAGAUGCCAUCCAGUUCAUCAGACAGAAGCGCAGAGGUGCAAUAAACAGCAAGCAGCUGACGUAUCUAGAGAAAUAUCGGCCCAAACAGAGACUGCGCUACAAACACCCGCACAUUUUCAAGAACAAGUGCUGCAUCAUGUGACUGCCGUUCUGAACCGAGCUGAACCUGGCGGACUGGGCCACAACUGAUGCACUUUGCUGAUUUGCUAUUAAAAUACGAACUGAUUCGGUCUGGAUGAAAACCCCACUGGUGCCUAAAGUCCUCCUCACGCGGACUGUGGUGCGGAUACUGCCAUGGCUUUUCUAAAGUCUAAACGGCUAGAUAAGACGAAGGCAACCUCUGACCUUUGACCCUGCACCGGGACUGACACCCUAAUCUUGCCUCAAAUGAUCGUGAUUGUCUGAAAGAGCCAGACGGUGUGAUAAUGUGAAUCGUGGACAAAAUUUGUGCUCUUUCUCACUCUCUUUUCUGUCCACCGCUUUCCUGCUCUGCUUGGCCAAGAGUGCGAUUUUUAGACGACUGCGGUUCCUUUAACACGUUCAGUUUUCAGCACAAAUCUUUUUACUGGUGACCUUUUCCAUGAUGCUUUUAUGUCUUGUGAGCAAACGACGGUUAAAUUGUACUAAUGAAGGGCUCACGUGAAAGAUAUUUCUAUUCGGGUGAGUGCCAGACACUGAACGGUUUCAACAUGAAGUCUGAUGGAUUUAACAAUGGAAAUGCUUACUAUGCGUGUUUAUGUGCUUAAACUCAAACCUUGUGUUUGCUGAAAUGAUUUUAAGAUGUAAGGACUGCAGGGCUCCCUGGAGGCGAUAUGUCUGAUACUUGUCCAUUCAGGUCAACAGAGAUAAGAUGGUGAAAAAAAAUGGCUAUAUAUAAAUGAAUAAUGAGAUGAGACUGUGGUUUAAAGUUGUUUUUCUCUGUUUUUUAAGAACACACCUCCAGCUGCAUAAUACAAAUAAAGGCUGUUGCAAUCAUG